AUGGUUAACGUGGUUUUGGGUUCCCAAUGGGGGGAUGAAGGUAAAGGUAAAUUGGUUGAUUUGCUAGUUGGCAAAUACGAUAUUGUUGCUCGUUGUGCUGGUGGUAAUAACGCUGGCCACACCAUUGUCGUGAAUGGUAUUAAAUAUGAUUUCCAUAUGCUACCUUCUGGUUUGGUCAAUCCAAAUUGUUCGAAUUUAUUGGGUAACGGUGUUGUUAUUCAUGUUCCUUCCCUUUUUAGUGAGUUGAACAAUUUAAGUGAAAAGGGUUUGAAAGAUUGUGACAAGAGGCUGUUUAUCUCUUCAAGAGCACAUAUAGUCUUCGAUUUCCAUCAACAUACCGAUAAGUUAAGAGAGUUGGAGUUGAAAGGGAUUUCAAAAGAUGGUAAAAAUAUUGGUACUACAGGUAAAGGUAUUGGUCCAACCUAUUCAACAAAGGCUUCGAGAUCAGGUUUAAGGGUUCACCAUUUGGUUAAUGACCAACCUGGUGCUUGGGAAGAGUUUGAAGCAAAAUACCGUAGACUAUUGAAAACUAGAAGGGAACGUUAUGGUGACUUCGAAUACGAUCCUGAAGAAGAACUAAACCGUUAUAAGAAAUAUAAGGAGUUAUUGAAACCAAUGGUCGUAGAUUCUGUCUUCUUCAUCAACAACGCCAUUGCUAAUGGUAAGAAAAUAUUAGUUGAAGGUGCCAACGCUUUGAUGUUGGAUAUCGACUUCGGUACCUAUCCUUUUGUCACUUCCUCAAGCACUGGUAUUGGUGGUGUGAUCACUGGUUUAGGUGUUUCUCCAAGACAUAUCAACGAAGUCUACGGUGUGGUAAAAGCUUACACUACAAGAGUGGGUGAGGGUCCAUUCCCAACUGAACAAUUGAAUGAGCAAGGUGAGAAAUUACAAACUAUCGGUGCUGAAUUCGGUGUCACUACAGGUCGUAAGCGUCGUUGCGGUUGGUUGGAUUUGGUAGUAUUGAAGUAUUCAGCCAUGAUCAACGGCUACACCAGCUUGAACAUCACAAAAUUAGACGUUUUGGAUACUUUCAAAGAAAUCCCAGUCGGUGUAUCGUACUCCAUCAACGGUAAGAAAUUGGACUCCUUCCCAGAAGACCUAAUAAACUUGGGUAACGUCGAUGUAGAGUAUGUUACUCUGCCAGGUUGGGAUCAAGACAUCACUAAAAUCACAGAAUUUGACCAAUUGCCAGAAAACGCCAAAAAGUACUUAAAAUUCAUUGAAGAUUUCGUCGGUAUUCCAAUCGAAUGGGUAGGUACUGGUCCUGCAAGAGAAAGCAUGCUGCAUAGAGAUGUUUAA